ACUGACGGCUGUAGAAAUCGCCUGGGUCUUCGAUCGGGCUUCAAAGCGGCGGUGGGCGAACGACCAGAAAAGGAAACAAAGAACACCAAAUCGGGGUUAAAGAAAAUUCUAAUUCCAGACUUCCUCGAAGCGUUGUUACGAGAUCGGAUCCGUCGAUCGAUCGAGGAGGGAGGGAGGAAGAGGGGAAGCCCACCGCCCGGGUUCGCAUUAAUUGAUUGGACUCCAAGGGAGGAAUUAGUAUCCGGUCAAGGGGCUUCGAUUCGGAAGCUGCUCGAUUCCUCCCCGUUCGCUCGAAUUCGUCCCGCUCCACAGAUCUUGGAUCGGUAGUCGGGGGGUUUUUGAUCAAGCAGACCUUCGGGCCUCCUGCUUUCCCCCUUUAAUCGCCGCUGCUCGCGGAGUUCGUCCAGCUGCUGCUGCCCCGCGACACACGACGACCGGUGAUCGCCGUCCCCGCCUGAGACUCCUUGCUCCUACUCCCUCGUAGAUCAGUUAUCAGGAGCUUGAUGGCCUGAGCAAAAAUGUCUCUAGCAGCCUUCUUUUUUUAUCAAACAUUGGGAAUAUUGCAUCUUCAGCUAAAAGCCCGUGCUCUUUCGUCCUGUUUAAUGGUUGUGUUAUGAUUGGAACUUGGGUGUUGACAUCCAAAAGGGAGGAAAAUGAAUGCUCAUGCUCAUUUGACUGGUCAAAUCUCCAGUCAGAUGUCUACCCAAUCAAGCACACAAGUGUCAGGUCCUUCCCAGCAGAUUGGAAAUUUUAUGGCAUCCCAGAUGCAGGGUCUUGGAUCGGGACCCAUGGAUUCUGAACUUCAGAAUGGUCGUGCUACCAUGCAGCAGAAAAUCUACAAUAUUCUUCAAAGAAAAAAUCAAGCGUAUUCUGAAGAGUGGGUACGUAGAGUACCAGAGCUUGUUAGGCGUUUGGAAGAUCGUAUUUUCAGGGAAGCUGCUACAAGGGAAGUUUAUUUGAAUUUAGCUUUGGAUCCAGUUGAUCAUCGUUUGUGCUCCAUAAUAAAGAAUGUUCUCAACAACAGUCGACCCUUGUCACAUCAUAUUACACCUUCCUCUGCUGUUAGCACAAUGAUUCCAACUCCUGGUAUUUCAAAUAAUGGCAGCACCAAUACUGCAGUUUCAGUUCAACUAGAGAACCCUACAGUUACUGCCAGGAAUACUGCUGUUGCACCUCAAACUAAAGCAAACAUGGCAAACUUACUAUCAACUGCAAAUGGUCCACCUGAUGCUGGAAACAAUACCUCCCUCAAUGCCUCCGAUGGAACAGUUUGUAAUGGUUACCAGCACCAGUCGGCCAAUUUUGGUCUUGGUUCAGGUGGAAGUAAUAUAAUGUCCUCAGUGGCUUCAACCAGCAUACCGAGACAAUUUAGUCAGAUGAUACCAACUCCUGGACUUAAUAGUCAACAGGCAGCAUCUGCAAAUUCUGAGUGUUCAAAUGGAACUGGAUUUUCUAGCACUGAGACUCCUGUGGCUCCACAGUCACUCCAACAAAAGAAAUAUGCUGUGAGUCAAAACAGCCAUAUAUUCAAUAGUCUUGGUGCUCAAAUUAAUGCUGGAAUGAGGUCCAAUGUUCUGCACAAGGGUUCCCCUUAUGGGUUCUCACAUGCACUUGCAAAUGGUGCAUUGGGAUUAAUUGGAAACACCAUGCAACUAAGUGGGUCUGCAGCAUCUGAGGGUGUCCUGACUCCGAAUCCUUAUGUUAGUUCUCCAAAGCCUUUGCAGCAACAUCAUCAACCAAGGAUGCCAACAUCAUUAUCACAGCAAAUAUUACCUGUGGUUGAUGAUGGUAAUACAGUGAGAACUACUGAUAUAACACAUUCUGAGACCUUUCAUGGACCUGAUUCAUCCAGCUUAUCUGCUAUGAAUAACAUGAAUUCUGUUAAUUUGCAUCACAAGUUAAGAGCAAAUGCAGGGUUGCUAAACUACAAUGCAAGUUUCAAGUCAACACAACUUCCUCUGAAUAUAAUACCUCAGUUGCUUGAUCAUUCAGAGAAAAUGAAUUACCAGUCAUCUCAGUCUACGAGGGAACAACUACUGCAAUCACAACAGCACAUGCAGCAAUCGACACAGCAGCCCAAUCAAACUUAUGCACAGUUUGUUCAGAAUCAGCAUCUGCUGCCACAGAGACAGCAGCAAAACCAACAAAUUGCACUAAUGAAUGAUUCUUUGAGAAAGUCUUCAGCGACUUCACAUUUUGGUGAGCAGCUAGUUCCUUCUCAUUCUAAUGUAACUUGUUCUGAGCCUUUGAUUCAGUCAGCAGCUCGACAUGUCCAACCUCCAGACUUACAGACUCAAUACCAGCAGAAUGCUUCUGCCGAAGGUCACGCUAAAAGUGCUCAAUUUCUUGGCCAUUUGCCCAGCCCUCGAGAUUUUCAUGUCUCGGUUUCAGAGGGUUCACUGCAAUUGUUGCAUCCGCACCUGCAGUCUGAUGGAUUUUCGGAGAACAUUGGUCACAUAUCCAGUGAAUUGCAAGAAGAUGAACUUCUGCAAUUUCAAUGGCAUCCGCAACCACUAAAGCAAGCACAGAUGCCAGAAAAACAAUCAUGCCAACAACUCCAGGAGGAGCUUAACCAAAGAAUAGCAGGGCAAGAUGACACUCAGCAACCUAAUGUUUCUGCUAGAGAAGUAGAUUCUGGACGUGAAGACUCUAUAAAGCAACAAGACUAUUUGAAACAGAUAAGGUGGCUGUUGUUUCUGCAUCAUGCCCACAGGUGUCCAUCAAGAAAGGGACUAUGUAGAGAAUCCAACUGCUUGAAAGCUCAGGAGUUAAUUAUGCAUAUGGAUGCCUGCAACAGUGAGCAAUGUAGGUUUCCACGCUGUUCCCAAUCUAGGAAACUUGUCAGGCAUAUCCGUAAUUGCAAAGUGGCUGAUUGUCCAGUGUGCAUUCCAGUACGUGAUCAUAUAGCAGCAAAUUAUAAGGCACAUGCUCGUGCUCUGUCAGACACUAGUGUGGUUACUGAAAUAAAAACAGAUUCUGAUGGAAUGAGAACAGAUACAAUUCCUACUGAAGAUUCUGGGGACAGGCAGCCUGCAUCCAAGCGCAUGAAGGUUCAACAUAUAUCUCCUUUUCUUCCUAAGGUUGAAGCUUCUGUGGUCUGUCUGCCUUCAGGGAACCAGCACUGUGAUUUCCAGGAGACAGAGGCUUUAGAAUGCAAACACAGAACUGUGAUGAUAUCUGCUAAUUCUGAGGUUGUUUUGAAGAUGGAUGAACCUACUGGCUCUGGUCAUGAACAAGUACCAGUUUUUGGCAGUGAUAUCAGUGAAAAUAAGAACUUGCCAACCUGUGAAAAAGAUCCCAGUGUUUCCAAUUCUGUCAACUCUCAUGUCAAACAAGAAAAUAUGGUGGUUGAUAAAAUGCUGGAUCAGUCUACCAUAGAAAUCAAGCAAGAUCCAGGUAACCAAACAACAGAUCAAAUAACUGGAAAUAAAUCAGGGAAGCCAAAGAUAAAAGGUGUUUCAUUGAUUGAACUGUUCACUCCGGAACAGAUUACGGAGCAUAUAAUGGGUUUGAGGCAAUGGGUUGGUCAGAGCAAGGCUAAAGCUGAGAAGAAUCAAGCAAGGGAACGUUCGAUGACUGAAAACUCAUGCCAGCUUUGUGCAGUGGAAAAGCUAACUUUUGAACCCCCUCCAAUAUAUUGUUCUCCAUGUGGUGCCCGAAUAAAACGAAAUGCAUUCUAUUAUACAAUUGGAAGCAGUGAAACCCGUCAUUACUUCUGUAUCCCAUGCUAUAAUGAGGCUCGAGGUGAAACUAUAGAAGCUGAAGGAUCUACAUUUUUAAAGACAAAGCUUGAAAAGAAAAGAAAUGAUGAGGAAACUGAAGAAUGGUGGGUGCAAUGUGAUAAAUGUGAAGUUUGGCAACAUCAAGUAUGUGCUCUUUUUAAUGGUCGAAGAAAUGAUGGAGAAGCAGAAUUCACUUGCCCUAAUUGUUGUGUUAAGGAGAUAGAAAGAGGUGAGCGCAAGCCUUUGCCUCAGAGUGCUGUUCUUGGUGCAAAAGAUUUGCCAAAAACUAUUCUCAGUGAUCACAUAGAACGACGACUUUUUAGACGGCUUAAGCAAGAGAGGCAAGAGAGAUCCAGGCAUCUCGGGAAAAAUUUUGAUGAGGUACCAGGGGCUGAAGGGCUUGUAGUCAGAGUAGUAUCAUCUGUUGACAAAAAAUUGGAAGUAAAGCAGCGGUUUCUAGAGAUAUUUCAGGAGGAAAAUUACCCUAAAGAGUUUCCUUACAAGUCCAAGGCUGUAUUGUUGUUUCAGAAGAUAGAAGGGGUAGAAGUAUGCCUAUUUGGGAUGUAUGUUCAAGAAUUUGGUUCUGAAUGCUCUUUCCCCAACCAGCGGCGUGUCUAUCUCUCAUAUUUAGAUUCUGUAAAGUACUUCAGGCCUGAGAUCAAAACAGUGACUGGGGAAGCUUUACGUACUUUUGUUUAUCAUGAAAUUCUGAUUGGAUAUCUUGAAUAUUGCAAGAAACGGGGGUUCACCAGCUGUUAUAUUUGGGCCUGUCCUCCUUUGAGGGGCGAAGACUACAUACUGUAUUGCCAUCCUGAAAUUCAGAAGACCCCAAAAUCUGACAAACUCAGGGAGUGGUACUUAACUAUGCUUCGAAAAGCUGCCAAGGAGAAUAUUGUUGUUGACCUGACUAACUUAUAUGAUCAUUUCUUUAUAACUAUGGGGGAGUGCAAGGCUAAAGUAACUGCAGCUCGUUUGCCCUACUUCGAUGGAGAUUAUUGGCCUGGUGCAGCUGAGGAUAUGAUUUACCAGCUUCGCCAAGAGGAAGAUGGUAAAAAACAACUGAAGAGGGGAAAAACCAAAAUGACUAUUACAAAAAGAGCUUUAAAAGCUGCCGGUCAAACUGAUCUUUCCGGAAAUGCCUCUAAGGAUGCUUUGUUGAUGCAAAAGCUUGGUGAAACCAUCUGCCCUAUGAAGGAAGAUUUUAUUAUGGUCCAUUUGCAGCAUGCUUGCACACAUUGUUGCAUACUUAUGGUAUCCGGAACGCGAUGGGUUUGCAACCAGUGCAAAAACUUUCAACUUUGUGAUAAGUGUCAUGAAGCAGAACAAAGUGUUGAUGAAAGGGAUAGGCAUCCUACUAAUAGCAGGGAAAAGCAUAUGCUAUAUCCAGUUGAAAAUAAUGAUGUCCCUCAUGAUACAAAGGACAAAGAUGAUAUCCUAGAAAGUGAAUUUUUUGACACCAGGCAGGCAUUUCUGAGUCUUUGUCAGGGAAAUCAUUAUCAAUAUGAUACUCUACGUCGUGCCAAGCAUUCAUCGAUGAUGGUCUUAUACCACCUCCAUAAUCCUACUGCCCCUGCAUUUGUAACCACAUGCAAUGUCUGCCAUCAUGAUAUUGAAGCUGGUCAGGGCUGGCGUUGUGAAACUUGUCCUGAUUUUGAUGUGUGCAAUGCUUGUUAUCAGAAAGGUGGUAUUGAUCAUCCUCAUAUGUUGACCAAUCAUCCAUCAACAGCUGAUCGUGAUGCACAAAAUAAAGAAGCUCGGGCAAAACGAGUCUUACAGCUUCGGAAAAUGCUAGAUCUAUUGGUCCAUGCUUCACAGUGUCGCUCUCCUCAGUGCCAGUAUCCUAACUGCCGUAAAGUUAAAGGCCUUUUCCGCCAUGGUAUACAAUGCAGGACGCGUGCAUCAGGAGGAUGUGUUCUGUGUAAGAAGAUAUGGUAUCUCCUCCAAAUACAUUCCCGUGCUUGUAAAGAAUCAGAGUGCAGUGUACCACGAUGCAGAGAUCUGAAAGAACACUUGAGGAGAUUGCAGCAGCAAUCUGAUUCCCGGCGGAGGGCUGCAGUGAUGGAGAUGAUGAGACAGCGUGCUGCUGAGGUUGCUGCAGAUACCGGAUAACAAACCAAACCGUGACAAUGUUAUUUAUUAGCCAAGGGAAAAAAACAGGAGAUUGUACCCUCCAUGCCACAAGUGCACGCCAUUCAAGUACGCAGCCAGUGGUCGUUAGCAGAUCCUUAUAAGGCUUCUUCUACAAAUCAAUGGUUGGACAUGCAAUGGAACAUGAACGUCCGACUUCCACAUGGUGUCGAUAACCAAAUCCCGCUGACCUGCUGAGUUAUCCAUCGAUACGAACCAGCUGGAGGUGGUGGUUCUCUUUGUCAUGCAGUGGUUCAUCAUCCAUGGAUGGUGGUUGUAUCAUCUAUGUUAUGUAAUUCAUCAAUUCUUAGUUUCCUAAUCAGUUUUAUUUCCCUUUUUUAUUUGUGUUCCAACUUGGAAGGGUUAGGGAGGAAUGGGGUUGGACCGGCUAUUGCGCUUGUUUAGCCCUUGUCCAUUUUGUAGAAUAUGUUUAUUGCUACGUGACACACUUCAAAUAAGUAGGAAGCUCUCUGUCCUCUCUUUUA